CAUCGUUAGCUUUGCUCUUUUGUCCCUUCAUCUCUUCUUCUGUAAUCUGAACUCCUCAAAUUUCUAAUAAUCUUCUCCAAUGGCGCGUACUAAACAGACUGCCAGGAAAUCCACCGGAGGAAAGGCUCCGAGGAAGCAACUGGCAACAAAGGCUGCCAGGAAAUCUGCUCCCGCCACAGGUGGCGUGAAGAAGCCACACCGAUUCAGGCCAGGAACAGUGGCUCUCAGAGAAAUCAGGAAGUACCAGAAGAGUACCGAGCUUCUGAUCCGCAAACUUCCUUUCCAGCGUUUGGUUCGUGAGAUUGCUCAGGAUUUCAAGACUGAUCUUCGGUUCCAGAGCUCCGCCGUUGCGGCACUUCAAGAAGCAGCAGAGGCGUAUCUGGUAGGUCUCUUCGAAGAUACCAACCUCUGUGCGAUUCAUGCUAAGAGAGUCACUAUAAUGCCGAAGGACAUUCAACUCGCUCGUCGGAUCAGGGGCGAGCGUGCUUGAAUCAUUUUUAUGGCGGUUUUCUGUUUACUUUUUCUGUAUAGAUGGGUUCUGUGGUCUAGAUUUUAUUUUAUUUUUAGUUUUGGGAGGGGGUGGGGUUUAGUUUUAGGGUUUUCUCUUUAUGUUUCGCUAUGUGUUCUAACCGGUGUUUUGUAAGCUCGAUAAAUCUAAUUGAAACAAAUUGCAGUUUUCUUGUUGAUA